AUGACGACGAGGGACGCGCCAGGAGCAGUGCCAGCACCUGUACAAGUACCCCGUGCGAGGAAGCCGCAGUCCGCUGCCGCGUACGCUGCGCAGCUCGAGAUGUUCCAGAGCUCAUCGCUCACUGGUGGUGGUGGUCCACCGGUAUGCGAUCCACGAUGGAUGGACAAAGCGGAGGGCCCUGAAGGUCCCCUGCAGAUGUUAGAGGGGACACCGCAGGGACUGGACUUGAAACACACAAGGCUUCGCCUGCUGGACGCCUGCAGUAGACUGUACUACCGUAGGGAGUACGCCCGGUGUAUCGCACUCGCUAAACAGUUGGAACAGCUGUUGCAGGGAGCCGACGGGGGGCCCAGGACCAAGAACAAGGAGUACAGGGAACUAGCAACGUUGCGGUACCUUGUCCAGCGGUGCACAGAUCUUACAAACAGUAUAACUUCUUAUGUACAAGUACCAACUACUACAACUACAACUACAACUGCAACUACUAUAACAAGCUCAACAGGACGAUGA